CCGGAACGCGGCGCUCGGGGCCCGCGGGCACCCGGACCCGCGGCGGGGGCACCGGCGGCGCCCGGCAGGAGGACGAUGAGCCAGCAUGGCUGAGGGCAGCAGGGCUGGCCCGCUGGCCUUUGGCCAGGUGGUCAUUGGCCCCCCGGGCUCGGGGAAGAGCACCUACUGCCAGGCCAUGGGCGCCUUCCUGGCACGGCUGGGCCGCCGCGUGGCCGUGGUGAACCUGGACCCUGCCAACGAGGCCGUGCCCGGCCCCUGCGCCCUGGACAUCGGCGAGCUGGUCACCCUGCCCGACGUGAUGGCCAGCCUGGGGCUGGGCCCCAACGGGGGGCUGCUCUACUGCAUGGAGUACCUGGAGGCCAACGCCGACUGGCUGCGGGAGCGGCUGCGGGCCCUGCAGGGCCACUACCUGCUCUUCGACUGCCCCGGGCAGGUGGAGCUCUACACGCACCACCAGGCCCUCAAGAACGUCUUUGCCCAGCUGGCCAAGUGGAAUUUCAGGCUGGCUGCCGUGCACCUGGUGGACUCCCACUACUGCACAGACCCCGGGAAGUUCAUCUCCGUGCUCUGCACCUCUCUGUCCACCAUGCUGCACGUGGAGCUGCCCCACGUCAACGUGCUCUCCAAGAUGGACCUGAUCGAGCACUACGGGAAGCUGGCUUUCAACCUGGAUUAUUACACCGAGGUGCUGGACCUCUCUUACCUCGUGGACCAUUUGGCCUCCGAUCCCUUCUUCAGGAAUUUCCGCCGCCUCAACGAGAAGCUGGUGGAGGUGAUUGAGGACUACAGCCUGGUGUCCUUCGUGCCACUCAACGUCCAGGACAAGCAGAGCAUGAGGCAGGUGGUGCAGGCUGUGGACAAGGCCAAUGGGUACUCCUUCGGGGACCGGGAGCAGCGCAGCCUGGAGGCGCUGAUGUCGGCAGCUGUGGGCGCCGACUUCCACUUCUCCUCCACCCUGGCAGUGCAGGAGAAGUAUGUGCAAUCUCAGGACAAAGCUGUGGAAGAGGAGGUGAUGGAUCUGUGACACGCCCUUCCCCGGCUCCUCUGUUUUGACACCUCUCCUUUUCCUACCCGGAGCUUCAGCUGUGACUCAGAGCAACUGAAAACCUUUCCAGGCAGAGUCUGGACCCUCUCUGGGUGGGUUUGACCUCCCUGCUGCCCAGAGCAGGGCUUUGGCAGAAGGGAGGUGGCUGAGGGUCUUCCCCUAGGAACAGAGAGAUUGAGCCAGGGAAGGCAGGAAGAGCAAGGAAGAGAAGAUAAUGUCUCCUCCAUCAUGACCAAGACAGAUCCAGAGAAAGAAGAAUCAGCAGGAGCUGCCUCCUGUGCAGUGAGAGUGGAGGCAGCAGGCCUGGCUGUGCUGCAGGAGGAGCAGGCACGGGCCCCAGGCUCCCAGCAGAAUCCAGGCCAGGACGCCUCCACGCCGUCUCAAGGACAGAAAGAUGUUUGUUUUUCUUUUUCUUAGAAGUAAUGAUGGACUCUUUCUUAAUAAAACGCUCCUCGGUCUCACUUUCA